AUGGGUGUUGCUACGUGUUCUCCUUGUGCCAAAUAUCUAUUAUUGAUUUUGAAUCUUUUUUUUUGGUUGAUUGGCCUUGGAUUGAUUGCUCUCGGUCUUUAUUUUCUAUUACGCCCGGAAAUUCAAAACAUUAUUCAUUUAUUCAAUUUUACUACUUUACCAUUAUCAUCCAUUGAAAUCUCUGCUUGCGUUCUCAUUCUAUUCGGUGUCAUUAUUUUUCUGAUCGGACUUUUUGGAUUCUGCGGUGCACAACGAGAAUCUCGCACCUGUCUUAUUCUAUAUAUUAUUUUGGUAACAUGUGUUCUUCUUGCUCAAUUGACUCUAUUUAUAUUCAUUGCAAUGCACCAUGAACAAGGGCAAUCACUUGUAAAACAACGUCUUGUAUCACAAAUAAAAAAAUACAAUCAUAUGUAUGCAGGUCAAUAUGAAAAAGCAAUAGACUAUGUUCAAAGCAAGUAUCAAUGCUGCGGUAUCGAUUCAGCUUAUGAUUAUAGCGAAUCUCAUAUACCAUCAUCUUGUUGUUCUACGUCAAUGACAUCACCUUGUACUGUACAUCAAGUUGGCCUAUUGCGUACGCCAGGAUGUUAUUCUUUAUUAACAAAAACAACUCUUUUCUGGAUAAAAUAUAUUAUUCUUAUUGAAUUUGGUUUAUCAGCUCUAUCGUUGAUUGGAAUUCUUCUUGCUAUUUGUGUUUGUCAAAAUACAAUGCUCUACGAUGGAUAUACACAAACAUCAUAUUAUAUUUAG